AUUCACUUACAAUUAAAACGUUCAAGCAAGAGGUUCGUUGUUGCUUUUUAACGGCUGAUUAGAAAAGUGGUCCGAACGGUGGAAUAGUUACAACAACUUAAUCUGCAAGAGUUAUUUUUGUUCCAAGAAAAAAAAAACAGAAAAAGAAUUGGAUUCUGAAAUUGAUAGAACUUGUGGGCGUGGAAAAAAUAAAAGGAAAAAAGUGAAACAUUCCAAAUUAAGAACUGACGUGAAAACUAAAAAAAUAAUUAAAGUAAAAAACUUGGUGGACUAAAAUUUAAAUUAAAAAAAAAAAUCUUUAAAAACAAUUACUUUUGUGAAAUAAAAAAAAAAUAAAUAAUUCGGUGACAAAAUGCAGCCCCUCAAGCGUUUCACCCAAUGCGGCAGCCUGACCAUGCUCUUCGGAGUUUUCAUCAUUCUAUUUGGGGUCAGUUCAACAGCCUUAACUACAUUUGGAAAAUCUAGCAAUGUUCCACCACCCACACCAGGACCCGUUGUUAAGGGCCGCGAAUGUACCACACACGAAGAAUGUGCCGCGAUAGAAAACUCAAGUUGUGUUCGAGAUCCGGAUGACUAUAAAAUGCGUUGUUUAUGCGGCAAUGAUAAUCCACCCAACAAUGGCUUGUGUCCGGACGUUGUAAAAGGUCUACGUCAUCGAUGCAGCGGCAACUAUGAGUGUGAGGAUGGCCUUAUCUGUACCUAUGAGAACACGAAUCGUACCAUUGGCGUUGCCAAGUUUAUGUCGUCGAAAACCAAAUUGUGUUUGUGUGACAAUGAGCGAGGCUAUUUUGAGGAUGUACAUCGUGAUAUCUGCAGUGGUGCCGUCAUGCAGGCCCUCGGUGACUUGGUGUUAUCAAUGCUGACAUCCCUAUUACCGCCCAUUGUGUAUUCCUGCUUAAAGAAUCACUUCUAAAAAUAGUAGAAUAUUGAAACAACAACAACAACAGCAACAAAAGACAUCACAGCAUUUUUUUGGAAGGAAAACAAAAACAAAAAC